AGAUUAUGUGAAAUGAGUGAAGAUAUUGACAUACAAUUUGUUGAAAACUUGAAAAAAAAAAAACCCAAACAUUUUUCAGUGCAAAUGGAUGAAUCAACUUUGAGAGACAGUGAAGCUGCAUUGAUAACUUACUUAAGAUAAUAUAUUAUUGAUCAAGGGCAUUUUGCUGAAGAACUGUUGUUCUGUCAAUCAUUAGAAAGCACUACUACCGUCAAAUGUAUAUAU